AUGGUGGGUCCUCUUAAUUUUGUUGUAUAAAUGGAACAACAAGUAUUCUCAAGCAUCUGGUCUGUAGUUUGUCAAUCUAUUCAUUACAGGAACUUCAGAUACCAACAGAUUAGUGGCAUUUUGGUUUUCCUUUCUGUUCUCGACAAAAUAAUUUCUUUAAGAACUUUUUAUAAAAAGAAGUGGACUCAAGAAGAUUGGUGCUUUUUUAAUGACAAAAAUUAUUUUGCCAUGUUGGAAGACUCUCUUUCAGAGGAAGACAUUUGGGAAUAUAAAUCCAAAAGAAAACCAAAACCAGUGCACCCAAACAAGAACUCUGGGAAGAUCUCGAAAUCUGUUGAAAAAGCAACAGAUGGGACAUACCGGUCAAAACGAAAGAAAAAUAAAAAAAGCCCAGUAGAUGCUCAAGAGACUGUGAAGGUCCCAGAAGUGUGCCUGGGAGAAGAGAAGAGUGAGAAUUCAGUAGUUUCCAGUCAAAAUUGUAGCGGUGAAGACAGCAUCCCACAGUCCCAGCAGGAGGAGACCACCCCCAGAAAACACCGUCGCACCCCCAGAAACAAGCAAGGGACACCAAAGAGUCGUCCAGUUUAUGAUGGAUACUGUCCCAACUGCCAGAUGCCUUUUUCCUCAUUGCUAGGUCAGACACCUCGAUGGCAUGUUUUCGAGUGUUUGGAUUCUCCACCUGCCUCUGACAUAGAGUGUCCUGAUGGUCUGCUGUGUACUUCAACAAUCCCUUCUCAUUACAAGAGAUAUACUCACUUCCUGCUGGCUCAGAGCAGGGCCAGUCGAAGUCCUCCUGGCAGCCCCUCGCACCUGGCCACCCUCACUUUCAACCACACUGAUCCGGGCUUGCCUUCUAGCUUUGAGGAAAAAUGGUCUGUGUGUCAGAAGCAAACCGAGGACUUCAAAAAUGUCCUGGCUGCUUCCUCGAGGGUGACACCACCGGGCUUGAGAUCUCCAUCUGCAACUGAGAAACUUUCUUCUUUGACAAACAGCCCAGGAUCCCAACAAAUUCCCCUGUUUACAGAACUUGCUAAUGAUGACAAACUGGACGGAGUUGGUUGGCGGCUUACUGAUGAAUUAGACAGCCAACACAACUCAGAACGAAGAAAUGCACCGUUGCUAGAAAACGAUGUUAGCAAUGACGAAAUUUCCUACUCGCCUCUUCAAAGUGAGGAAGAAACUGACGAGAUCACUAGGAAGUUGGAUGAUUCCCAACAGGAACUGUUUUUCACGGAAAGCUCUAAAGAUGAUGACCUGGAAGAUAACAGCUCCUCUUGGCUUAAAAAUCUCCCAUGUCCCUUACUAUUGGACCAAGAGAAGAGCCACCCAGAGGUGAAUAGCUUCUUAAUUGAGAAUGAAUGCAAUCAGGGCUUGUCUAAAUGCAAUACUCGAAGUGAUUCGUCUCCACUUCUUUUCCAAAGUGAGAGUGAUGACCCAGCAGAGACUGAAGGGGAUUUUCCAUCAUUUCCAGCGGCUUUAGUCAGGGGUCUUAAUUCUCAGUAUCAAAAUUCUGCUGGGGCAAAAAUAGCAGAACAUCACUCAUCUCAAUCAAAUAAACAGAAACAGGUAAUUAGAGAAUCAGCUGAUGGCAAUCAGCAUUCUCUCCCUUUACUUAAGGGUGAAAUGUCAGAGGCCUUUGAAAGCCGGGGAGGAGGGUGUCAGUCUUUCCCUCCUACCCAAAGCAGAAUUAGAGAGUUGCCAAGUCAACCCCUCAGUACUAAGAACAGCACCUCAACAUGUUCCUGCAGGAAGGCAGCAGACGGUGUGCUGAGUAGGAAAGUUCCAGCCUCAAAUAGAGAGAAACUUCCAAGCACACCUACUCCUUCUAAAUCCCUGCAGAUGCUGUCCUCUGGUAAGGUGGCAGCAGACCCACCGACUAAGGCAAUGAAGCAGAUGGAUAUCGGUGUUUAUUUUGGGUUACCACCCAAAAUAAAAGAAGAGCAAGUGCCCGGGGAAAGUGACUUCAAAAGCAGGAACUCAAAUCCGGUGGCAAGUCCUAAUGAAAAGAGGUCUCGGCAGUACAAGAGGAAGGCAGAAAAAUCUUUAAGUGACGUAGAGUUUGAUGCAAAGAAUUUAAAUGAGAGUUGCCUGGAAUUAUCCAGUCAGAUGUCGCCGCGCCAGAGAAAGAGACGGAAAAAGUCAGAUUUGAUACCAGGACGAGAGAAUCAGAAGUCAGAUCAGCUAAUGAAUGAGGCAGAGUUGGAAGCAGUCAAUGUAGGCAAAGACAAAGUUCAGAUGAAAUCACCUUGUGGCAGACCACAGCAGAGAAGAACCAUGAAAACCACAGAGUCAUAUAACACAGGAGAAUUAAGAAAAAGGACAUGUCCGUUUUAUAAGAAAAUACCUGGAACUGGCUUCUCAGUGGAUGCCUUUCAGUAUGGACCGAUUGAAGGCUGCACAGCCUAUUUCCUCACACACUUUCACUCCGAUCACUAUGCUGGCCUGUCCAAAGCCUUCACCUUUCCAGUUUAUUGCAGCCAGAUAACUGGCAACUUAUUGAAGAGCAAACUUCAUGUGCAAGAACAAUAUAUCCACACUUUGCCAAUGAACACUGAAUGUAUAGUGAAUGGUGUCAGUGUUGUUCUACUCGAUGCUAAUCACUGUCCAGGUGCUGUCAUGAUCCUUUUUCAUCUCCCCAAUGGCCUUGUCAUCUUGCACACGGGGGACUUCAGAGCCGACCCCUCCAUGGAACGCUCUCUGCUGGCUACCCAGAAAAUCCACACGCUUUAUUUAGAUACCACCUACUGUAGCCCAGAAUACGCCUUUCCCUCUCAGCAAGAGGUUAUCCAGUUUGCCAUCAACACCGCCUUUGAGACUGUAACUCUAAACCCACGUGUGCUGGUUGUCUGUGGCACUUACUCUAUUGGAAAAGAGAAAGUCUUCCUAGCCAUUGCUGAUGUUUUAGGUUCAAAAGUGGGAAUGUCCCAAGAAAAAUAUAAAAUGUUACAGUGCCUCAAUAUACCAGAAAUGAAUUCCCUCAUCACAACUGAUAUGAGAAGUUCCCUGGUUCACCUUCUCCCAAUGAUGCAAAUUAAUUUUAAGGGCUUACAGAAACAUUUGAAGAAGUUUGAUGGCAAGUAUGAUCAGAUUUUGGCUUUUCGACCGACAGGAUGGACACACUCCAAUAAGUUAACCAGUAUGGCAGAUGUCACACCUCAGACCAAAGGAAACAUUUCGAUAUAUGGAAUCCCUUAUAGUGAACACAGCAGCUACACAGAAAUGAAGCGUUUUGUUCAGUGGCUAAAGCCAAAGAAAAUCAUACCUACCGUGAAUGUCGGCACCUUUAAUUCGAGGAGCACCAUGGAGAAAUAUUUCAGAGAGUGGAAAUUGGAAGCUGGAUACUAAUGUUAGCUGAUCGAACUCCAGAAUGGUUAGUAACUGCUGCAGCUUGUAUGGAAUAGCAGAACUUCAAUCUACAUGCCACAGUCAUAAUGCUCCGAGACUGGUCUCCCCAGGACCUUUGGCUUCUCCAUCCUCCCCAUGGGAGUAGUUAGGUUCUGCAUCUGGUAUUAGAAGAGGAAACAGAGACAGACCAGGGACCAAAAGGAUUCAUAGUAUUGGGUAAAAUGGGAUUCAAAGCACUAUAUUUAAGUAUUUGUGAUCUUUCAGGAACUUAACAUGGACAUAUUUUUCAUGAACCAAAUUUUUAUAUA